AUGAAACUAGCAUGGUGUUUGUUGAUCCUGGGAUCAGUCCAGGGCCAGUUACGAUUGGACCCAUUGGUGGAUACCAAUCAGGGUUUGAUCAAGGGUUUGAAAGCUGAUGACGGAGACUACUCUAUGUUUCUUGGAAUACCGUUUGCACGGGUGGAUGAGGAGAAUCCUUUUGGAGCCGCUCAACCAUAUCCAAAAUUUGAACAAAUCUUCGAAGCAUAUGACGAUUCCCGUAUUUGUCCACAAAUCCAAUCCUCAGAGGUAAGAGGAACUCUAGACUGCCUACGCCUUAACGUUUUUGUACCAAACGAAGCCAGUACACGCAACAAGGUACCAGUACUAGUAUGGAUCCACGGUGGAGGCUUCAUAGACGGCUCAGGCACAAGAACAACCAGCGAUCCCAAAUAUCUAAUCAGACAUGACGUAAUCGUCGUAACUAUUAACUACAGACUUGGACCGUAUGGUUUUAUGUGUCUGGAUGAUCUAGAAGUCCAAGGAAACCAGGGGCUCAAAGACCAAACCUUAGCGCUCAGGUGGAUAAAGGAGAACAUAGAGUACUUCGGUGGUGAUACCAACAAAAUCACUGUUUAUGGUGAGAGUGCUGGCUCCAUAUCAGUGGAGUCCCAUAUAGCUUCAAAGAAUGAAAAUCUCUUCAACCAGGCAAUUUUAUCCAGUGGUUCUAUUUAUGGACGGGGGCUUUUAAGCGAGAUUGAUAAUAGCGCACCUUUAAAGAUUUCCAAACAAUUGGGUUACGAAACUGAUGACGCAAAAGUCGCCUUACAAUUCCUUAAACAGACCGACGUUAAACUAGUUAUAGCAGCAGCACACGAGAUAGGAAUAAGACUGGGUGUAUGCGUUGAAAACGAAUCGGAGGGAGCAUUCUUGACAGAACAUCCAUCAAGCAUAUCAACGCUACCCAAAGCGAGAAACAUGGCCAUACUGAGCGGGUACAAUGCUUAUGAGACCCUUGGUAUGUACUACAAUCAACCAGCGGAGCACUUCAGCAAUAUAGAUCCCUUCAAAGAAUAUUUAGAUCAGUUCGGCCUAGAGGACGACAAAUAUGAUGCUGCGUAUAAAGCAAUACGUCGAUUCUACAUCGGCGACUAUCCUAUAAGCAUAAACACAAAAUGGGGAAUAAUCAAAUUUACUUCUGACGUUACCUUCAACCACCCUACAGUGAAAAGUAUCAAACGUUUUAAUGAUAGUGGUGUAAAGAAUCAAUACUUUUAUGUAUUUGCGUACACAGGUGAACGGAAUAUACUGAAGGUAAAAGGAAAUAUCACAACAUUCGGAGCAGCUCAUGCAGACGAAUUAGGCUACAUAUUUGAUAUGGAUAUUCUUGAUAAAGAUGUCAAUGAAAGAGAUCAAAUUAUUUUGGAUAGGAUGACCAGUUAUUGGACUAAUUUCAUUAAAUAUGGAAAUCCAACACCAAAAGAAACAGAACUCCUACCAAUUGUAUGGCCUACGGUGACAGAAGAUUCGCUAAACUACUUACACAUCAACACAAAUGAGUACACAGACGCGGCACCAAAUAACGAACGACACGUGUUUUGGGAAGUCAUUGAAGAGUUGUAUUUAAAGUAA